UUUUUUUUUUUUUUUGUGUGGCACUACUUAUUCAGUCUUCCGUUGCUGGUGUUUGGUAGAGUCCCCUCAAAAGUCUUAAGGAGACAACUUAUUCCUGGAUAUCCAAAUCGUCCCGUUUCUUCUUUUUUCCCUCCUUCGUGCCCGACAAAAGAGCCCGUUUUUGCAGAUUCUCUCGUCUCUUUGUUAAACCCUAACUGACAAACCUUGCCUCUGCUGGCUUCAUCUGUCCGUGCGAAUCGUUCCUCUAAAAGCCCUCUACGAGUUUCUACCCUCCAUGUCGUCCUCCAAUAAGAAUUCGUCGAGUCUUCAACGAUCCCUUUCAGGACAUCUACAGAGACUGCAUAUUCGUCACCAAGAUCCAAGUGCUCCACCGAGUCCUCAGGAUUUCUCCGAAAAGUCGCAAGGUUUCUCUCGGAAACAUUCGUUCAGUCUGUCACAAAAACCCUCGCUUUCACGCUCAGCAACCGCUGAAAGCAGUGGCACGGACACAGCAUCGAGUCCCAUCUCACUACCCGGCCACUCGAAAACCAUAUCUGGUUCACCUGGUUCCUUUUUAUCUCGCAAGCUGUCAUCUCAACGUGAGCGAUCCAAUUCCUUUGGCAAAGCACGUCCUUCCUCUCCACCAGUCUCCACCAGUUCUCCUCUUCUUCACCGAUCUGAAUCUUCCUCACACGCACAGCACCAUCCGCAACCCAUCAUUCAAACAACUCAUUCUUCGCAGCCAAACAGAAUUAGCUCCAAAAGUGAUGACUCUGGUAGUGGCUCGAGUACACCGCAGGGGUCUCCUUCCAAGGACGCUACUUCCUCCAAUGGAUCCUUUGGAAAAGCUAGAGAUCGAACCACCUUCAAAGGUGUCUUUGAUAAAGUCAAAGGAAGUUUUUCAGAUCUGUUGAACAAGGAUAAUACGUCAAAACAAGUAGAGAAGGAAAUGGAGAUUUCCGGCCCUUACAACGCCAAACAUGUCACGCAUGUCGGGUUUGACGCUACCACAGGAGAGUUUACAGGUUUGCCUUAUGAAUGGCAGGUGUUAUUGCAACACAGUGGCAUUUCCAAGCGAGAACAGUAUCAGAAUCCUCAAGCGGUUUUGGAUGCUAUUGGCUUCUAUCAAGAAACACGCGAUCACGAUGAAUCGGUCUAUCAUAAAAUGGAAAAAGCGCACGCGCAACGUGAGCAUGCGUCACCGAAAUUGCAAAUUUCUACUGGACACAUUGAUCACGACCAUUUGGCACCCACGCCAUCGCCAUCUCAGAUCGAACGACCUUUCGAUUCUCUUUUAUCACGCGAAUCUCCAAAGCCAACCCCUGAUCUUGCACGCUAUGACAACAACAAUUACGUGAAACCGCCCACCAAGAAAGUGUCUCAUGAUAAACUAGAUUAUCAGCAUUAUCAUCCUCAUAACCACCAUCACUAUCAUCAGCCACAAUCUCCCACCAAUACACACGAUCGAUUCUAUGCCGAAAUGGGGAUUGAGCCUCCCCGAGUUUCUCCGUCGCACAAAGGUUCAUCUCACCCCGCACGAGACUAUGACAUUAAAAGAAAACUCAGCACCAAACAACGCGAAAAGAAGGAAGAGAAGCCCAAGGUCCAUGAGACGUUGACGGCUUCACCGGGCACGGUAAAGCAACGUGUACCAAAGGAGAGAAAGAAUGCGAUGAAGGAUGCCGAAGUGAUCGCCAAAUUGCAAGCCAUCUGUACUGAGACGGAUCCUGGCUUAGUGUAUCGAAAUAUGACCAAGAUUGGACAAGGUGCUUCAGGUGGUGUAUAUACAGCGUAUGCAGCCGGAAGCGAUUUACCGGUAGCGAUCAAGCAGAUGAAUCUCGAACAGCAACCAAAGAAAGAGCUUAUCAUCAAUGAAAUCUUGGUGAUGAAAGAAUCGCAACACAAGAACAUUGUCAAUUUCAUCGAUUCAUAUUUGUGGCGUGGCGAUUUGUGGGUGAUCAUGGAAUACAUGGAAGGUGGAAGCUUGACGGACGUUGUGACCAACAAUAUGAUGAUGGAAGGACAAAUUGCCGCCGUGUGUCGUGAAGUGCUUGAAGGUUUAUUGCAUCUUCACUCCAAAGGUGUCAUUCAUCGUGAUAUCAAAAGUGAUAACAUUCUGUUGAGUCUGCACGGUGACAUCAAACUCACUGAUUUCGGAUUUUGCGCACAACUGAAUGACAUGCAAAGCAAACGUACCACGAUGGUUGGCACGCCUUAUUGGAUGGCACCGGAAGUGGUAACACGUAAAGAAUAUGGACCGAAAGUCGAUAUAUGGUCGCUCGGUAUCAUGGCCAUUGAAAUGGUGGAAGGAGAGCCCCCGUAUUUGAAUGAGAAUCCUCUGAGGGCGCUUUAUCUGAUUGCUACCAAUGGUACGCCAAAAUUGCAGAAUCCAGAAGCACUGAGUCCCGUGUUCCGAGAUUUCCUUGCUAGAUGUCUUGCCGUAGAGGUCGACCGACGACCUUCAGCUGCAGAGAUGUUGAAACACCCAUUUUUGAGGUGCGCCGAUCCAUUACCGUCCCUUGCCCCUCUCAUCCAAGCAGCUAGAGAUGCAGCAAGACGCGAGGGCCAGUGAUAUUCCAAAGCUGCAUCAUUAUUGUCUUUUUAUGUAAAUACAGGAUUUUUUCAAACACACUAUAUAAUAUGAUGUGUGAG